AUGACCAUCUUUGAAACUCGAAUGGAAGAACCCAGUGAAGACACUGAUUCAAAUCCACUGGAACAAUCACAAAGAGUGGCUGCUAGAACUCUCACCGAGUUUAUCCAUCUCCUUCAGGAGCCUCUUAUCGAUUCCGUCAAGAAUAUCACCGAGAAUAACAUAUCAAUAACAUAUUUUCAAAAUGGAGAUGGUCCAUAUGUAUACAAUGGUCAGAAAAAUAUAACGAAUACCAAAUUUGCUCAUUACAGAACGAAUGGCUAUUAUAUUAUUCAAAAAUUUUAUACGGAAAUUGAGAAAGAGCUUAAAUUACGAUUUCCAACUUUGCUGAUUAACCACACUCAAGAAACCAACCGGGAAUCAUUGACUUUUAUAAAUUACAUCGAUCCUAAGCCUAUUGUUAAAUUUGCAGGGUUAAACUUGUAA